AUGGCGAAUUCAAGAUACGAAUAUGUCAAAGCCUUUGAGCAACCAGACAUCAUCCUCCCAAACACAUGGAUCGUAGUCCGAAUAGAUGGACGAGGCUUUCACAAGCUAUCCGCUCGAUAUGAAUUCAAAAAGCCAAACGACCUCCGCGCGCUAGAUCUCAUGAACGCUGCAGCUGUCGAGGUUUUGAAAGAUCUGCCAGAUCUGGUGAUUGCGUAUGGUGUCAGUGACGAGUAUAGUUUCGUCUUCCAUCCCUCGUGUGAUCUUUUUGAAAGGCGGGGCGCGAAACUGGUCACGACGAUCGUCUCGACAUUUACAGCACAUUAUAUCUUCCUGUGGGGGAAGUUUUUCCCAGAUAUGCCACUCCAGUCGCCGUAUCUGCCUUCCUUUGAUGGACGCGCGGUCGUGUACCCAACAACGAAGAAUCUACGGGAUUAUAUGAGUUGGAGACAGGUUGAUUGUCAUAUCAAUAACCUCUAUAAUACGACAUUCUGGUAUAUGGUCCAGGAGGGGAAGAUGAGCAAUACUGAUGCAGAGCAAGAGCUAAAGGGAACUGUCUCUUCGGAUAAGAACGAGAUCCUAUUCAAGAGGUUUGGGAUCAACUAUAACAAUGAGAAGGAGAUUUACAAGAAGGGGAGUGUAGUGUUUCGCCAGUACCAACUCGAGGAGACAAAGACAGGACCAGAGUCCAAAGUUCCACAAGCUCAAGGCGAAGAAGAGUCGACUGCGCAGGAGAAGAUCUCGAAGACGCAGCAGGAAAAGAUCCGUAAGCAACGGCGGAAGGCCCAGGUCGUUGUUGAGCAUGUGGACAUUAUCAAGGAUGAGUUUUGGGAGCGGAGACCUUGGAUCCUCUCUGGGAAGCCGGGUAAGCUGCCCAAAGGCGCUUGA